AGGUGAUCUAGGUACACAGUCGAACAGUAUCGACGGAUUAACACACAAACACACAUUCUACUGUAAAAUGUUUAAGUUGGCCAUUCUCUUCGCUUUCAUCGCGAUUGCCCAUGCUGGGGUCAUCGCUCCCGUAGUACCAGCUCACCCGGUAGUGGCCCAUCAUGUAGUGGCCCCUGUCCACACGGUGUCCCACAGCGCAGUGGUACACCCGGCUCCCAUCGUACACGCCCCAGUGGUACACGCGCCUGUGGUACACGCGGCACCUGUGGUACCAGUCGUCAGACACUCUCCAAUCAUCGCAGUGCAUCAUCAUUAACACCACAAAAGUUGGUUUUUGAAGGCAUGAGAUGUGUAAAAUUGGUGUGAAUCAUUAUUAAAUUAUUUUUUGAGAUA